AUGGAAUUGAAUUUUGUAACAACUAUAUCUGCUGUGCUAGCAUCAAUAACGGCAUAUGUCAAUGAAAAUUCAACAAUACAACAAUGCUGCAAUUUGCAUUUAACAGGAAAUAUUCACCAAAAUGGUGAUUAUCUGAAAAGGAUUGUUGAUAAUAAUAGUGGUAGUGAUAGUAGUGAUAACAAUGAUAAUGAUAAUGAUAAUAGCAAUAACACUAGUAGCAUUCGCCGUGGUACAAGUGAGCACGAGUUAACCAAAUGUAAGGCUCAAUGUGAUGCACAAUGGAAAAGUGAUUUUCAUAUGCAUUUCCAAAAGAAUUAUGAUGAAGAAUUUUAUGAAUUUCCAUUAGAUGAAUUAAUCACCGCAUCAUUUGAUAAUUUUUAUACAUUUUGCAAUAUAACGGAACACAAAUUAGCAUGUUGGAAUAUGCAAUGUAAAAUGAAUCAUAAACAAAUAUCGUGGAGCAGUGAUUUACAUAUUUGCACCUUUAAAAGAUUGCAAUUUGAAAAUGCACUUAAUUGUUUGAACUUAACUAGCACAGGUGCACAUAACGAGUGUAAUGAAAUAUGUCGUCAUAUUGCACGACGAAAUCCAACAAAAGGGAAUGAAAAAUCAUACCUUUAUGAAGUAGCCGCUAAUUUAGCUGAAAUUUAUCAAUAUUGGCAAUUGAAUAAACAAUGCGCUUUUCAGAUCUGUCAUUUGGAGUGUCGAAAAGAAUUAAUACGAAAUAUGUGUGAACAAGAUGAAACAAUUAAUGGAUUGGAUGUAAUACAAAAUUACUAUCAGUAUGAUUUGCUUGAUCAGUUGCGUUCAUUAAUUGAUAGUUCUACCGAGCAUUUAUAUCCAUUGAUGUGCCGAUUUUAUCUUCCAAUACAGUAUCACUCGGAUCUAACGAACGAAAUCAAUAACGAAAUCAAGGAAUCAAUCAUUGCAAUUAAACAAGCGGUAAAUGAUGUUGUUGAAAUGGUCACCAAAUUAUGA